UCAUCCAGAAACAGAUUUUUCUUUCCUGGAGAUAGCCAGAAGUGAAUGGUAAGUGGGGAGCCCAGGGGUAUGCUAUAUGCAAAGUAGCCGUUGAAGUUGUAAUAUGGGAUUUUAUCUUUGGCCAGUUAUAUAUUUGGAGUGACUUUUUCUUAUUCUGCUAAGGGGUGUCUCUACCUGGACAUUUAUCACUGGUAAACUGGAUUUUGCAAGUCAAACUAAGACUUAGGAGUCAGAAGGCCAAAAUUCUAAUGCUGGGUUCUGUGAAGAAUCAGUAGCCUCUAGAACUUGUCUUUGUUUGCAUUGUCUCAUCUUCCAAAUGAGAAUAAUGUUUUCUUGUCCUGACAGCUCAGGUACUGAAAUGCUCUGUUUCUAUGCUUUAUUUGCCACUUUAAAGAAGUUCCUAAUAGCAAGGCCUACAGUGGAUCUGAAGGUAGAGAUUGCUGGCAUCCUGGAAGGCUGUGUUUUGCCCCCAUUCACUCUUUGUUAGUCGUCUUUAUUGGUUUCAAUUCAACUUGGUCCAAGGAAGCCCAUAGUGAGUUGUUAAACAAAAAAUUUGGCUACUUAAUUUUAGUCAAUCAUUACUCUUUUUUUAAAAGGAAAAUUUUCUAAUAAAGAGACAUAGUAGUGUUGGUCUAAUGUAAUUUUAUUUUGUGAUUUAGUUUAAUCAAGCACCCAUCAAAGAGUGAAAUUUCUGAAGAUCUGAUGAACUCUAAUUAGAAAAAAAAUGCACAAACCACAACUUAGGUUUGAUUUAACUAAGAUAACAGCCUGGAAAAAUAACAAACAGAAAAGUUGCUUCAGGCAGCAUCUAACCUAGAAAGGUUGCUUUUUUGCAUUGGACACAUAAUACGAUUUACAAGUUGUGGUGACUGUCAUUUUUACUUAUCAGGAAAAGAGAAAAAAAAAACUGCAUUGCAAAACUCUUAGGAUCCCAGUCUCCAUGUAACGAAAGGCUUUGUACAGUGGUACACCUCUGGGAUAAGUGUUAUCUUUCAAACAGCAAAGGCUUCCUUAGUGCCGGGAGCCUUCCUCCUGAGUCGACACCUUAUUUAACAGGUAGUUAAAAAAGUCCAUCCUUAGCGUCCUGGGGAGAGAAGCAGAAGAUGGAAUCAUUCCUAUUUGCACAGGCGAAUGGAAGGUUCUGAGGAUUUGUGUGACUUGUCCCAGAUGACAGGACUUGACACAUGACCCCCUGAAAAGUGACCCCAUCCCCUGGCAUAAGGGCGGACAGACUUAACGUUGGACAACUCCCAGCUUGCUUCUGGGGACCGCGACCGGGAGCAGCCUGAGGGCGGGAGACUCGGGGCUAACUGCAUGUCUGUGUCCCGCAGGGCAUGGAGCGGCCGGCGGCCCGGGAGCUUCAGGGCACCGACGCACUGCGGCGCUUCCAGGGGCUGCUGCUGGACCGCCGGGGCCAGCUGCACCGCCAGCUACUGCGCUUGCGCGAGGUGGCCCGGCGCCUGGAGCGACUGCGCAGGCGCUCUCUGGCGGCCAACGUGGCUGGCAGCUCGCUGAGCGCUGCGGGCGCGGUCGCCGCCAUCGUGGGGCUCUCGCUGAGCCCGGUUACCCUGGGGGCCUCUCUGUUGGCGUCGGCCGUGGGGCUGGGGGUGGCCACGGCUGGAGGGGCCGUCACCAUUACGUCCGACCUGUCCCUGAUCUUCUGCAACUCCCGGGAGCUGCGGCGGGUGCAGGAGAUCGCGGCCACCUGUCAGGACCAGAUGCGGGAGAUCCUGAGCUGCCUGGAGUUCUUCUGCCGCUGCCAGGGCCGCGGGGACCGCCAGCUGCUGCAGUGCGGGAGGAACGCCUCCAUGGCCCUGUACAACUCCGUCUACUUCAUCAUCUUCUUCGGCUCACGUGGCUUCCUCAUCCCCAGGCGGGCCGAGGGGGCCACCAGGGUUAGCCAGGCCGUCCUGAAGGCCAAGAUCCAGAAACUGGCAGAGAGCCUGGAGUCCAGCACUGGGGCUCUGGACGAACUCAGUGAGCAGCUGGAGUCCAGAGUCCAGCUCUGCACGAAGGCCAGCAGUGGCCACGACCUCAAGAUCUCGGCUGACCAGGCCUCAGGGCUGUUUUUCUGAGAACAUCCUUUCCCUCAAUGACCGAGGCCAGAAACGGUCCCUGUGGGAUGCUCCAAAUUGGUAGCUCCCUCGGGAACACACUCAGUUGGGUUAAAGCUGCAUGCAAAGGAUGAAAAAACUGAGCUUGAAGUAAGGGUGUGUGUGUCUCUGCAAUGCCCUUCUUUCCCAUCACUGUGAUAACCUGCCUGGGCUUGACUGCUAGUGACUUUUUAUUGCUAUUCCUAAUAGGAGAGGUGACUUGAAAACUACUUUUUCUUUGUCAAAAACCGUUCAGUCUUCAUGCAGCUAGACACACCUGUCUUAAAGUUGUGGCAGGGUCCCUGGCCUUGCAGGGUUAUGUGAGCUGCGGCUGGAGACUGUGUGCUACAGACACUAUUAGGCUUUGAGUUUCUCAGAAUGUCUGUAAGAGGAGCUUUAAAACCUCUCCAAGAAAAAACAAAACACCUCUUUCCAGUGUAGCUUGAGUAUAAUGAAGCCAGAAUCCAGAGCAAAUCAGAUACCCUCUGAACUGUGUAGGAGGGUUUAGGACCCAAGAGAGGCCCUACCUCUACCCUACCUGCUCAGCUUGCCCUCUCAAGCUUCCAACCAGGGGGUGGAGGGACCUUCCCUGGUGGUUUCCUAUCCAGAUCUCCAGAUGUUUUGAGAGAGGAACCCAAUUAAAUGGCCAUCUGCAUUCUGCCUGCCCUUUACAGCAAGCAGCGGAGGCCAGGAAGAUGAAGUGACCCACAACUUCAUCAUUAACAUCAUAGCUAGAGAAGAGAACAUUAGCUUUUGGAUUAGACAGCCCAGGGUUUAUUAAAAGGUCUGUUACUACUGUGUGACCUUGAUCAUUCAAUCUGGCUUCCUGGUCUGUAAAACAAAUCCUAAAACCUCACAAAGCUGCCUGGCUCUCCAAGCAUGGCCCCUGGACUGGCAAAGUUAACAUCACCUGGAAACUUGUUAACUAGGCAGGAUUUUAGACUCCACCCCCUACUUCUGGAGUCAGAAACUCUGCAGGGGCCCAGCAAUUUGUGUUUAAACAAGCCCUCUGGGUGAUUCUCAUGCUCUCUAAGCUUUGAAAAACUCUGCAACAGAUGCUAGUUUCUGAUCCUCACAGUGAGCUUUCAGUGUCUUAUGGCCUCUCUAGGGACUUCAGAGGUCAAGAACAGACUGUCCCAGAAGUGAAAGUAUGUGUGUUUGUGCUGGUCAGUGGAUCCUGGGGACAGUCUCCCACCAUGUGAACUAAGGGAUGUACCCUACUAAGACCUUUAGAGGGCAGUGUAGCCCACUCAUUGUGGAAACUGGUACAGAAAGGAAUGUGAACCUACCCGAUAUUGACCUCUAUUACCUUCUCUGAAAACUGCCAGACCACAUAGUAUUAUUAUUAUUUUUAAUUUAUUUUUUAAAGUUUAUUAUUUAAUUACUGUUUAAUGUUUGCAUUUAAUUUUAUUUAAUCACAUUUAGGAAAUAAUGAGAAUAGUGAGUUUCUGAAUAGGAGACUGAGCCUCUUAAAGAGAUGAAGUUGAGUCUGCUUUUCUAAGGUGGGACAGGCACAGGAAACAGUGUUGCUUCCCUGCAUUAGGUCUCUCCUUCAGAGGGGAGUGUUUUUUCCUCCAGCGUUUUAAAUGAUCUUUUAAGUAAGUGUGAGAAGUUCUGAAUAGAGAGAGAUGAGGAUAUGAAUUUAAGCAUAUAAAUAAGUGGAGGCUUGACGUAGGUGAUAUAAAUGAUGCAGUCACUUAUAUCCUGAAGGUACUGUACCAAGAGACAACACUUGACCUGAAAAGAGAAAUUAUUUAGUGUAGGGAGAACAAAACGCUAUCAGAGUUGGGUGAAGUAAGCCGGAUGUCCUAUGAAGUUAUGUCUUAUAGGUGAUGGACAAAAUAGCUUGUUGGAUAGACCAUAUUUUCACUUUGGGAGCUGUAUGGAAUCUGUAAGCUGUCUCUAAGGAAAUACUUAGAAUUUCUUCAAUUUCCAUUCCUAAAACUGUAAUAUUGAGAAACACAUUGAGAUAUCUUUGGGAUUUUAUUGACAAUACUUUAAAUGUACCAGCCUUUCCCCAGGAUUCCCAGUAAUGGCGUUGUGUUUGAGGAAAUAGAAUUUCAGUGCAGGGAUCAGGGAUGGCUGUUUCUGUAUUUUUAUUUUUCUAUAAAUUGCAAUCAGUUUUCAUCUGGAUUUAUUUUGAAGUUGACAUUAGCUUCUUUUUAAACUAGUGUCAUUUCCUAGACUACCUGCAUAGGUGUGAGAUCACCAGAAUGUACUUCACAUUGUCAUUUGUGUUAUGUCACCAAGGUACAGUUUCCUAAUUCCACCUUUAAUUAAUGCUUAGGUUUUAAUUAUAUUCUUCCAAUGCCUUUCAGUGUUCCCUAGAAGUAAUCUGGGCACUUCUGGAAGAGGGAGCAGCAGCAAUAGCAAGCUUUUCCUAUCAUGAGGAUAUUUUUAAUAUAUCAAAGUUCUAAACUCAGAAGUUAUAAUUUCUGUGACCCACAGUGCAUCUAAGGAAGAGUGUUUACUUUGGAAUUUGUUGAUAAUGAACAGUUAUCUAUGCUCUUAUGUGUUUGUUACAAAGAUCGGUGCCUGUACCAGGAUUUAGUCAAGUUCAUUUAAAUGGAUCCUAGAGGCAAAUAUUAUUUAUUUCUUUUGUGGGAAUGUGAACAAGGCUUUUCCUGAAGGCCUUCAUUCUAUAUACAAACAGAUUGAAAUGGUAUGUUGUAAAAGGAAGAAGGGAGAGGGGGUAUUUAGAUUACAUGUGUGCUUCAGAAAAAUGUCCAAGUUUGAAAAAUAAAUAUGUUUAUGCUAAAAGUUUAAGUGCUUCUGUUAGU